UAAAGACCCCAGCGCAUCAGAUUCAGUACCUCCACAACGCCUAUUGUGAUUAGCAAUGGCUUUCAAAACUUUCGGAAUCUUCCUCUUCGUCACUAUGGCGAUCUCCUGCUGCACCGGAGGCGUAAUAACCGCAGUCCCUGCAGCGAUUCCUGCCGCCUACUCCGUACCAUACGCGUCUUCGUAUACCGCCAACGUUGUCAAUCACGCGGUUGCGGCUCCGCUAGCGGCUCCAAUCCUUGCUCCAGCUGCGGCUCCAGUUGCCGCGUAUAGUGCGUACCACGUGUUGCCGCCCCUGAUAGUGUAGGCGUCGCAGGAAUUUCGGAGAAAAUAUAGGCCCCAAAAAUGCCGAAAAUUUGUAAGCUACGACGGCGUUGUGAUAUUUGUACCAUAUUUUAUAAAUAAAAUUCCACCACAGUGA